GCUGGGGCCGCGUUCCGGACGAAGCGGUGGCGGAGGCUGCGUGCGGGGACUGCCGCGAAAUGAGUGCUUUAGUCGUGUGAUGAUGAGACUGAUGCACAAUGCCUGAUCAGGACAAAAAGCUGAAGAGCACAGAAAAAGCAACAGACGAAAAACCUCAUGGGAUUUCUAUGAGAGACUAUUCUGACCUUAAAAGACUUCAGUCUCUCUUAAAUGCUCCAUCAAGCAAACAACAGCUUUCAGCUACACAUUUUGAAAAUGGUCAAAUCAGCACAACAAGAUCUCUGCAAAAUGUCAGAAGUGAUGGACAAAAACUCCAUCGUCAAUGGCAAGAGUCAGCUGAAGCUGUUGAGCUUGAAAACUUUAGUGUGACCUACAAGAAUGAGAGAAAUUUUAGCCAACAUCCCAAACACAAGCUAUUUCAAGAUAUUUUUACCGCUUUAGUUAAGAACAGGUUUAACUGCAGGGAAUGGGUAAAUCAAGCUCCAUCCAUCCAUUUUCUUAGAGUAUUAAUCUGCCUGAGAUUAUUAAUAAGAGAUCCACACUAUCAGGAAAUCCUCUACAGCCUGGGUGGGAUUGAAAAUCUAGCUCAGCAUAUGGAAACAGUAGCAAAUGGCUAUCUAGAUUGUGGAGAAGAGAAACAUAAUGUAGACAAGUUGGUCAACAUGACAUACAUUCUUCAAAAGAUUGCUGCUGUUAAAAAUCAAAGAGAAUGGGUUAUAGCAAGUGGAGCACAUAAAACCUUAGUAAAUUUAUUAUCUGCCAGAGACAGCAAUGUGCUUCUGGGUGCUCUCCUUGCCCUGAUUAGCUUAGCAGAAAGUCCAGAAUGUAGGGAGAAGAUAAGUGAGCUCACUGUUGUUGAGAAUUUGCUGGUGAUAUUGCGCGAAUACGAUUUGCUUUCUAAAAGGCUUACAGCAGAGUUGUUACGUCUUCUCUGUGCAGAGUCACAAGUCAAAGAACAAGUUAAAAUUUACGAAGGAGUUCCAGUUUUGCUCAGUUUACUCCAUUCUGAUCAUAUCAAGCUUUUGUGGAGUGUAGUUUGGAUUCUUGUGCAGGUUUGCGAAGACCCUGAGACUAGCGUGGAAAUCCGGAUUUGGGGUGGAAUCAAGCAGCUACUUCAUGUAUUACAGGGGGAUAGAAAUCUCGUUUCUGAUCGCUCUUCAGUUGGAAGUUUAUCUAGUGCAAAUGCAGCAGGGAGAAUUCAACAUCUUCAUUUGUCAGACGAUUUGAGUCUUGAUGAGAUACAAGAAAAUACUUUCUCCCUUCAAGCAGCUUGUUGUGCUGCAAUUACUGAACUGGUGCUCAAUGAUACUAACGCUUACCAAGUAGUACAGGCAAAUGGAGUAUAUAUAAUAGCAAAACUGGUUUUACCAGACAAAGAAAAGAAUGCUGAAAAGGCUUAUUUAUUACAGUGCUAUGCUUUCAGAGCCCUGAGAUUUCUCUUCAGUAUGGAAAGAAAUAGACAUAUCUUCAGAAGACUUUUUCCUCCUGACUUGUUUGAAAUCUUCAUUGAUAUUGGACAUUAUGUGCGUGAUAUUAGUGCUUAUGAAGAGCUGGUGUCAAAACUGAAUUUAUUAAAGGAAGAUGAAUUGAAGCAAAUUGCUGAAAGUAUUGAGAGCGUCAACCAGAAUAAAGCACCUGCAAAACAUAUAGGCAAUUAUGCAAUUUUAGAACACCUUGGCAGUGGAGCUUUUGGAAAUGUAUAUAAGGUUAGAAAACAUAAUGGGCAAAAUCUUCUGGCAAUGAAAGAAGUCAAUUUACACAAUCCAGCAUUAGGAAAGGACAAAAAAGACAGAGAUAGCAGAGUGCAGAACAUUGUCUCUGAGUUAACCAUCAUCAAAGAGCAGCUUUAUCACCCAAAUGUUGUACGUUAUUACAGAACCUUCUUGGAAAAUGACAGACUGUACAUAGUCAUGGAACUCAUAGAUGGGGUGCCAUUGGGAGAGCACUUUCACUCUUUGAAGGAAAAGCAACAAAAAUUUACAGAAGAAAGAAUAUGGAAUAUAUUUAUCCAACUUUGCCUAGCUCUUCGUUAUUUACAUAAAGAGAAGAGGAUUGUUCAUCGAGAUCUCACUCCAAACAACAUCAUGCUGGGGGAUAAAGACAAAGUUAAAAUUACUGAUUUUGGUCUUGCAAAGCAAAAUGAAGAAAACAGCAAACUUGCAUCAGUAGUGGGAACCAUUCUGUACUCUUGCCCUGAAGUUGUAAAGAGUGAGCCAUAUGGAGAGAAAGCUGAUGUCUGGGCUGCAGGAUGUAUCCUUUAUCAGAUGGCAACUCUGAACCCACCGUUUUACAGCACAAAUAUGCUCUCCUUGGCAACUAAGAUAGUAGGGGCUGUGUAUGAACCUGUGCCAGACGGACUGUACUCUGAAAAAGUAUCAUUUACCAUUAAGAGGUGCUUGACCCCUGAUGCAGAGAAACGUCCAGACAUAGUGGAGGUCAGUUCGCUGCUGUCUGAUGAGAUGAUGAAAUAUUUGGAUGUUUUAUCUACCUCCCAUCUCAUGUUGGAGAAGAAACUGGAUCGGGAGAGAAGACGAACCCAGAGGUACUUCACGGAAGCAAACCGAAAUGCAGCAGCCUGUCAACAUCAGCUUUCUAUUUUACCACAAAACCAUUAUGACAAGUUGAGACUUCAAGGAAGCACCACUGGAACAGCGAGUUGCCGAAGUGAUUUUUCAGAAAACCUUGGCAUCCGGGCAGAGAAUUGUCAUUCUACGUGUAGAAAACACGAAAAGAGAACAUAUGAAGAAAUCCUGAUAGAGGACAACAGCAGUUUAGAGAACUCUGAGAAAGAUUUGUUCUCAGAAUUAGAUGAUGAGCUCGAUGUAUUGGACAACUCAAGUAGUUCCAGUUCAAGUCAUUUCAAAGAGUCUGCUUUUGGUAUCAUAAAACAAAACCUUGGUACUUCUGAAAGACAACCUCAGAUUAGAGACUGUAUUGAAGGCCUGGGAUCAAGACUACGACCAGCAUCGGCAGGAAUUGCUGUAUCACAAAGGAAAGUGCGUCAGAUCAGUGACCCUGUUCAGCAGAUUCUUAUUCAGCUGCACAAAAUUAUCUUCAUCACUCAACUUCCUCCAGCUUUGCAGUGCAACUUGAAAAGGAGAGUCAUUGAGAGAUUCAAGAAGUCCCUCUUCAGUCAGCAGAGCAAUCCUUGUAAUCUGAAAUCAGAAAUGAAAAAGCUGCUCCAAGGUUCUCCUGAAUUGAUUGAUACCAACUUUUUUACAGCAGAUUGGCAUAUGGUACUUCUCUCAUCUUCAGGCAACAUGUUAGUUUCAGAAGAUAGAAAAGGUAUUGCUGGCACUUCUGAAAUAGCAGAAGGGAUGACAUAUGAGCAGUUACAGACCUUAAUUGAGGAGGUUCUAGAGGAAAGUGGUUAUUACAAUUUCUCUCUGAACAGGUAUUUUUACUAUCCAAUAAAGAACUAUCCAGCAAAAGAAGAGAACUCAUAAUUCUGAUCAAAAGGUUCAGAACUGUUUCCAGUGAAGACAAACUGCCUGUAUUUCAGCUGAUGCUUCUGAUUUCCGAACAGCAGAGUUUUGCUCAUCAAACAUCAACCUGAAGGGAUUUCAAUAUUGAAAGUCUUCAAGAAACCUCAUGAUUUUUCAGGAUUAUACUUGUAACUUUAGCUUUGUUUACAGCAUAAGCACUUUACAAAGAACACUGGGAAAAAUGCUUCCAGGUUUAUACAUUAGGAGAAAAGCACAACUCCCAGAAGUACAUAUCUCCUAUUUUUAUAUACUUAUUAAAAAUAGUUCUUGCAUAGUUUCUGGAAUACUAGUUCAAAGCCUGUAGCCUUAUUCAUGUCCAUUAUGUCUUCUAUGGAAAGAAAAAAAGCUUUCUAAUAUCACCAGACAGAAAAUAUAUGUAGACUCCCUGCAUGAGAAUUAAGAACAGAUUAAAUAUCAUCAGUGUGAUUUUAAUAUUUAGAAUUCUUUUCUGCUUACAAUUGGAUAGAGGCAAAUUCUAAUGCCAGUAUGACAUGUAAAUAGCAGUUGGUGUAGCACCUGAAUGUUCUGUUAUUUUUAAAAAUAUUGUUUUUAUUGCUGUUUGAAACUGUGUUUAUUAUAUGUCAGUCAGGCAU